AUGUCUGGACACCAUGAAUUCAUCUUCACUCUGGUGCCUAUCGUCUACAGCUGCAACUUUGUCAUCGGCAUCAUGGGGAACAGCAUGGUGGUGGCUGUCAUCUACUGCUACAUGAAGCUCAAAACGGUGGCCAACAUUUUUGUCCUCAAUCUGGCCGUGUCUGACCUCACGUUUCUCAUCACGCUUCCCAUGUGGGCCACCUUCACCGCCACCGGGUAUCACUGGCCCUUCGGAGGAUUCCUGUGUAAGACCAGCGCCGGGCUGGUGAUUUUCAACCUCUACACCAGCAUCUUCUUCCUCACGGCCCUCAGCAUUGACCGUUACCUGGCCAUUGUGCACCCCGUGCGGUCGCGCCGCUUCCGCACGGUGGCGUACGCCCGCAUCACCUGCGUGCUCAUCUGGCUUUUCGCUUUCCUGCUCAGCGUGCCCACGGCCCUGACCAGGGACGUCCACAACAUCAAAGACUCAACGGGUACCGUGUGUGCCAUCCUCCACCCAACAGUUGAAAAUGUCAAGAGGCUCAAAGACCUCCUUCUCGCCAUCAGCCUCAUGAAGAGCCUUCUGGGCUUCCUGGUGCCCUUUGUCAUCAUCAUCACCUGUUACUGCCUUAUUGGGCGCGCGCUGAUUCGAGCCAAGCACAUCCAGAAAAGCUCCCAGUCCCGGGACGACGAGGUUCUGCGCAUGCUGGCGGCUGCUGUCCUGGCCUUCUUCUUGUGCUGGGUGCCCCACCAGGUGUUCCACUUUAUGCAAGUGCUCACUCAGCUAACAGUGGUGGAGAACUGCGCCAUCCUGGAAAUCAUCGACACCGCCAUGCCCUUCACCAUCUGCAUCGCUUAUUUCAACAGCUGCGUCAACCCCUUGGUGUACGGCUUUGUGGGUCGCAACUUUCGCAAAAACCUGCUCCGUCUGUUGCGCUGCUCUCCAAGCGGGGCCGCCAGGCCUCACCCGAGCAUUAGUUCCAAAAUGAGCGCGCUCUCGUUUCGAGCCUCCGAAGCUCUGAGCCUUACGGUGAAAACGCUACCCACGGAGGAGGCCACCUUCACUGCCAACAUGAGGGCCUUCCUGUUUUUCGGAUUGGUGGCUGUUGCCCUGGCCGACGUCACUCGCUUCGAGGGAGACAAAGUCUUCCGUCUGAAGCCCCAUCUUGCUCACCAUGUGACUCUUAUUAAGGAGCUGGCUCAGAGCAUUGAUGUCGACUUCUGGAGCCCCGACAGCGCCGAGCAGGUGACCAUUGACACUGAUGUGGACAUCCAUGUGCCUGCCAAGUACCUUAACAUAGUGUACACCACCCUGAGCCAGAGUGACAUCGAGCACGAUAUUCUUAUUGAGGAUCUCCAGAACGCUGUUGACGGCCAGGCUGACAGCGGCCCCUCUCCCAGAGCCCACAGCUACACCAAGUACAACAAAUGGAGCGAUAUCCAGGCUUGGAUGGACUCCAUUGCCGCCUCCAACGCUAACCUUGUCACCAAGCAGGUGAUUGGUAAGACAUACGAGGGACGUCCCAUGACCGUUCUUAAGCUUGGUGCAAAAGGCAGCUCCACAAAGCCUGCCAUCUUCCUGGACUGUGGUAUCCAUGCCAGAGAGUGGAUCUCUCCUGCUUUUUGCCAGUGGUUUGUGAAGGAGGCUGUGUCCACCUACGGCUCAGACAAUCAGAUGACCAGCCUGCUGAACCAGAUGGAUGUCUUCGUUUUGCCCGUCUUUAACAUCGAUGGCUAUGAAUACACUCACACAAAUAACAGGAUGUGGAGAAAAACUCGCUCCAGGAGAUCUGGAUCCAGCUGUGUCGGAGCUGAUCCCAACAGGAACUUCAAUGCUGGCUGGUGCACCUUGGGAGCUUCCAGCAGCCCCUGCAGCGACACUUUCUGUGGCUACACCCCUGAAUCAGAGAUUGAGGUCAAGAAUGUGGCUGACUUCAUCCGGCAGAACAAGCAAAACAUCAAGGCCUACCUCACCAUCCACUCCUACUCUCAGCUGCUCCUCUUCCCCUACUCCUACUCUUACGAUCUGGCUGCAGAUCACAGUGAGCUGAUGAAAGUUGCCCAGGGAGCCUCUGCUGCUCUGAGCAGUCUUUAUGGCACCCGCUAUACCAGCGGACCUGGAGCCACAACCAUCUAUCCUGCUGCGGGAGGCUCCGAUGACUGGGCCUACGACCUGGGAGUGAAGUAUUCCUACACCUUCGAGUUGCGUGACACAGGCCGUUAUGGCUUCCUGCUGCCUGAGUCUCAGAUCAAGCCCACGUGUGAGGAGACCAUGCUGGCCGUCAAGUACAUCGCCGCCUACGUACAGAAGAACCUCUAUUAAAGAGCGAAGCUGCCGGGACCCCUGCCAACGCACCAGCCCCCGGCCCCGGCCCCUCCAACCUUUCCACCAGCUCCUGCCCGUUUCCAUGGAUACGGGCACCACCCGCCAUGUUUCCUCACUGUGCCUGACACAAUGUCAAGAUGAGUGCAAACAAUAAAAUCAAUGAUCCAUCCCCACA